AUGGAGGGGGAUCAGGAGCAGAAGUUGCUGAUCAAAGCAUCAGAAGAGGAGUUAUCAUUGGUGGAGAGGGUGUGGAAAGAGAGCGAGUUGAUGUGGGUAGUGGCAGCACCCGCCAUAUUCACUAGGUUUUCAACAUUUGGUAUCAAUGUUAUAAGCCAGGCUUUUAUUGGUCAUAUUGGUUCAAGAGAACUCGCUGCCUUUUCCCUUGUCUUCACUGUUCUCAUACGCUUUGCCAAUGGCAUUCUGUUAGGAAUGGCGAGUGCAUUGUCAACACUUUGUGGACAAGCAUUUGGUGCAAAAGAAUUUGAUAUGAUGGGGGUGUAUCUUCAAAGAUCAUGGAUAGUUUUAUUCUCAACUGCACUCUGUCUCCUUCCUCUGUUCGUCUUCACAAGCCCAAUUUUGAGGCUCCUAGGCCAAGAUGAGAACGUUGCACAAGUAGCGGGAACCAUUUCUCUUUGGUCAAUUCCUAUCUUGUUUGCUUUUAUUGUUUCCUUCACCACCCAAAUGUUUCUGCAAUCUCAAAGCAAGAAUGUCAUUAUUGCAUUCUUGGCAGCUUUCUCAAUAGUUAUUCAUAUCUUACUCUCUUGGCUACUGACAACAAAAUUCCAGUUUGGGAUUGCUGGUGCAAUGACUUCGACUGGUUUGGCAUACUGGAUUACGAAUAUUGGUCAACUAAUAUUUAUUACCUGUGGUUGGUGCUCUGAUACAUGGAAAGGUUUCUCAUUUUUAGCAUUUAAAGAUCUUUGGCCUGUUGUCAAGCUUUCCCUUUCAUCUGGGGUCAUGUUAUGUCUUGAGCUGUGGUACAACACAAUAUUGGUUCUUCUAACGGGCAACAUGGAAAAUGCUGAGGUCCAAAUUGAUGCUCUAUCUAUAUGUCUCAACAUCAGUGGGUGGGAAAUGAUGAUAUCACUUGGUUUCAUGGCUGCUGCAAGUGUUCGAGUAGCAAACGAGCUUGGAAAAGGAAGCUCCAAAGCUGCCAAGUUCUCGAUACUUGUGUCAGUGCUUACAUCCUUGGUCAUUGGAUUCAUUCUCUUCUUAGUUUUCUUAUUUUUAAGGGAAAAGCUUGCCUACAUAUUUACCUCAAAUAAAGACGUGGCCAAUGCUGUAGGAGACUUGUCACCUUUGUUGGCAAUCUCCAUCCUUCUCAACAGUAUCCAACCUGUACUCUCAGGAGUCGCUAUCGGAGCAGGGUGGCAAAGCAUUGUGGCAUAUGUGAACGUAGGUUGUUAUUAUGUCGUAGGUAUUCCUGUAGGACUGGCGCUUGGUAAGAUUCUCCAUUUGCAAGUCAAGGGUAUUUGGAUCGGAAUGUUGUUUGGAACAUUUAUUCAAACUGUAGUGCUAAUUAUAAUCGCCUACAAAACUAAUUGGGACGAGCAGGUAAUUGUGGCUCGUAAUCGUAUUAACAAGUGGUCGAAGUUGGAUGCUAAUCGUCAAAGAAUUACAGCUUCAGAUGAUUAG